UUUUUUUCUAACUUAAAAUUAUAUUUAGAAUAUAAAUUAUAUAUAAUAUAAUACAUGGAUCAUCCACUUCAGCCAGCUGGUCAGUAUCAACAGGUGCCAGCCAAUUAUCCCCCUCCUCAGCCAUAUUUUCAGCAGCCUGGUUAUGGGCCUCCACCAGCUGUUCAGUAUGCUGCUCCUGGAUACCAGCAAUAUGGUGCGCCAGGUGGAUAUCAGCAACCUAUCAUGCAACAGCCAGCAGGGGAACAAUGGAUGGCUUUCCCUCAUGCGCCUCCACCUGGUUGUCCGCCUGGCCUUGAAUACCUGAUGCAAAUUGAUCAACUACUAGUAAAACAACAGGUUGAGCUACUUGAAGUUAUAACAGGUUUUGAAACAGCCAAUAAAUACAAAGUAAAGAACUCUCUAGGUCAAAAUGUAUAUUUCGCUGCAGAAGAUACGGAUUGUUGCACCCGACAGUGUUGUGGACCUGCACGUCCUUUUGAUAUCAAGAUUUUAGAUAAUAACAAUCAAGAAGUAAUACAUUUAAAUAGACCUUUAAGAUGUGCUGCUUGUUGUUUUCCAUGUUGCUUGCAAGAGCUUGAAGUCACUUCUCCCCCUGGCACUGUUAUUGGUUAUGUAAUACAGAAGUGGGCAUUCUGCGGAUCAUUAUUUGAGAUUUGUGAUGCUUUAAAACAACCUGUACUGCGUAUUGAAGGACCUAUUUGUGCGAUGAGUAUAUGCGGUGAUGUUGAAUUUAAGGUAAUGUCAUUAGAUGGUAGCAGUCAAGUUGGACGAAUAUCUAAACAAUGGAGUGGCUUAAUAAAAGAAGCAUUUACUGAUGCUGAUACUUUUGGAAUAACAUUCCCAAUGGAUCUUGAUGUUAAAAUAAAAGCUGUUAUGUUGGGAGCAUGCUUUUUAAUUGAUUUUAUGUUUUUCGAAACAAGUAAUCAAAACGACCAUCACCACUAAAAAAUUGUGUUUAAAUUUAAAAACGACCAUCACCACUGAAAAGCUUAUAGUUGUGUUGAAAUUUAAAAACAAUCUUCACCGCUGUAAAGCUUAUAAUUGCGUUGAAAUUUUAAAUUAUUGUUCUAAUUUAGUUAAUUAAUAGGAUAGUUUAUUUCAUUAUAAAUUUUUUAAAUAUUUUGCAUUAAUUAUCGCACAUUUUACAAUUGUAAAUUAAUAUUUUAUAGAAAAUAAAUUUUGUCACGUA